UCGUCAGGUACUGCCCCCUAUCAGGAGGCCCAUCCUGGACACUUUGUGCUGACCUCUGUGGCCUGGUGCCUGGGUGGUGCAGGGAGAAACAGAGCGAGGACUCGGGAUGCUCGGGAAGCUGGAGAUGGGAUCCGUGUCAUUUGAGGACGUAGUUGUGGACUUCACAUGGCAGGAGUGGAAGAAGCUGGAUGCUGCUCAGAGGACGCUCUACAGGGAUGUGAUGCUGGAGACCUACAGCAGCCUGGUGUUCGUGGGGCGCUGCACAGCCAAACCUGCGCUGAUCAUUAAGUUGGAGCAUGGAUUUGGGCCUUGGAGUAAAGCAGAAGCCUCAGUCUGGAACUUUCCAGAUGUUCGAAAAGCACGUGUUCCAAUUGAGACCAUCCAGGAAAAGGAAGAGAGGCAUUUGUGUGAAGAGAAAACCACCAGUAGCAAUAUAUCUAAUGAAGAAGGGGCUGAAGCACAACUAAAGGUUCAACAGAAAAUACACCAAGAGGAAAAGCCAGAUUCUUGUGUGGAAACAUCCUGCCAAAGGCCACAGCACAAGAAGAGUCACACGUGUGGGAAACACUGUGACUGUGGGGACCGUCAUGAAGCUGUCCAUGGUAAGUCACCACCCACAGAACACCAGAGAACGCAGACUAAAGAGAAGACCUAUGAGUGCAAAGAGUGCCGGAAGGAGUUCUGCCACAAGUCACAUCUCUUUCGACAUCAGAAAACUCAUACAGGCAAGAAGCCCUUUGAAUGUGACGAAUGCCAAAAAGCUUUCUACCACAAGUGCCAUCUCGUCCAACACCAGAGAAUUCAUACUGGGGAGAGGCCCUAUGAGUGUAAAGAGUGUAAGAAAGCCUUCCGCCGCAAGUGGCUUCUGACUCUACAUCAGAGGACUCACACAGGAGAGAAGCCUUAUGGGUGUAAAGAAUGCAGGAAAGCUUUCUUCUACAAGUCCCACCUCACUCGACACCAGAGGACCCAUACAGGCGAGAAGCCCUACGAAUGUGAUGAGUGCAAGAAAGCUUUCUGGCAGAAAUCAAACCUUACUGCACACCAGAGAAUCCAUACCGGUGAGAAGCCCUACGAAUGUAAAGUGUGCAAGAACGCUUUCUACAACAAGUCCAAUCUCACUCUGCAUCAGCGAACUCACACGGGUGAGAAGCCCUACCAGUGUAAAGAGUGCUGGAAAGCUUUCUACAGCAAAUCAAAACUCAGCCGCCAUCAGGCAACUCACACAGGUCACUGCUUCUGUCAACUCCAAUCCGCCAUGGGAGGAAACUUCCUCUUUACAGUGGUGUACCACAAAAGCCUCAUAACCACCUGAACUCCUGAGACUAAGUGACUAUUGUGACAUUCUGAUCCAAUGCUCAAUCUCAGAUGGAGGAAAAUAAUCAAACAUCUAUGUCAUCCAUCUAAGCCUCAGGGAAUGUUCUGGAAGAGGUGGCUUGAAAGAAUGAAAAAUCAAAAACAGCGCGUGAAGAUGAACCCGCUGAACCUGAACCUGAACCUGAACUGCAUCGGAAUCUGCCCACAGUCUGGAGAAGGUGUCAACACCCUACUGAUCACAUCAUUGCUAGAGAGAUGUCGGUAUAUGUCUUAGGGUUUCUCUUGCUGUGAAGAGACACCAUGACCAGAGCAACUCCUAUAAAGGAAGACAUUUGAUGGGGUGGCUUACAGUUUCAGAGGUUUAGUCCAUUAUCUCCAAUGGUGGGACAUGAUGGUGAGCAAGUAGACAUGGUGCUGUAGUUGAGAAUCCUGCAUUGUGAUUGGCAGGGAAGAGGAAGUGAACUGAAGCACUGGAUGAGGCUUGAGCACAUAUGAGACCUCAAAGCCUACCACACUGUGAUGCACGUCCUCCAACAAAGCCACACCUACUCCAACAAUGACGUACCUCCUGAUAAUGCCUCUCCCUCUGAGCUUAUGGGAACAAAUUACAUUCCAACUACCACAGUAUAUAACAUAUACUCAUUCCAAAUCAGUUUAGUAAACAGUCAGCACCAUGUUUUACCAGUAAAUAAUUAGUAGCAGCUUGUGUUUUGUUUAAAGUUCCUUCAUUUUCUCCUAACACAUUAGCCAUGUUUUAAAGUACUAACUCUUCUCAUUAGUUCUUUUUAUGCUCACCUAUCUAUCUAUCUAUCUAUCUAUCUAUCUAUCUAUCUAUCUAUCUAUCUAAUCUAUCUAUCUACCUCUCCAUCUGUUCCUGUCACUGAGUCAGAGGGACAGCCUGAGUCAUGGAGCUUGGAAAGAAACUUGAGGCAAGCAUGCUUGGCUCUGAAGUAGUUGGUCCAAUCCCAUCUGAGAGUCAGCCUUUCAGAGAACUGAGACAGCAUGUGCCUGUAUACUUUUUAAAUAUUAUCUGUGCCCAAAGGGCAUUUAAAAGAAACAUCUAAGAACCCAGAAAGUGAUGACAUCUGUGUCUUUACAAUUAAAAGGUAUAAACAAAAGCAAGAAUGUUCAUGCUUGGUAAGGCAGAAGCAAAGGCAGACAACAGGCAUAAGGCAAGGAGGCCCAAGAACACAAAGGCUGUCCUAUAUCAGAGCCAGCAGGCUUGGAGACUCAAUGUUGCUGCAGGCUCCUAUGAGUGGGCUGGUAUCUCAAUGGCUAUUGCCUGAAGGAGCAGAAGGAGCUCCCGCAUAAUCUUCUCAAAUGCCUUUAGCUGUUUGAACUGUGUGCAGGGUCUGUUGACAAUCUCUGCUAACAUUGUCAAAGGCCAACAAAUCCUGAAAUGAAGGAAUUCAUCAGGUUUAAACAAGUUCUGGCCAACUAGCCCCAGUCAUGGGGGAUCAGUUGCUGCAUUUCAGCUAUCCCUCUUAACAAUCCCAUCAUACAUGGAGAUGUAGCUCUGUAAGUGGAGAUGGCUUGUUUAAAAUCACUAAGGACCUAAUACACAAUAGGCUUCUAUUCUGCCCACAUUCCCCUCUUAGAAAAAUUAUCACCAACUCUGAGUCUAAAGGGUUAAUAAUGUACCGGUAUUUCAAAGUGCCACAGAUAGGUAUGGCUCAAGAUCUUCUUGCUUUUGAGCUAACUGAGUCCUAGGGUUAGUGCAGAAACACCAACUGUAGGGAUGCAGAGGAAUGGAUGGUUAGCAGAGAACUUUUUACCUUCUGAAUGAUCAACAGAGUCAGAAGACUGAUCAAGGGAGCCAAAGGAGGAAGGCAGGGCUCCACUCAUCGUCUCAUUUCCUUCGGAAGGAGCUAUCUGCCCUGUGGUGUCUCCUUGUGCCAGUAGGGCAGUAGCCAUUUGCAAUGGGCAGAUACUAAGGUGAAAAAACCACAAGGACAAGACAUUGAAUGGGAUGCCCUAGAUUUGCUGAGGAGCCUGUCUACAAACAUAAAUGUUGCGGGAGGUCCUUCCGCCCCUCCAACCAAUAGCUGCUGUGAUACCAGCCCAUUGGGGCGUGGUCUCUCUCCCUUUAAAAAAGCGGCUAUUUCCUCUGCUCUCUCUCUUCUCUUCCUGCUCCGCUGGAGACUAGACUCCCUUCCUGGUUGUGCAGAUGGCUGUUGUCUGGGAUUGUGAUCUGUAAGUUUUUUUCCCCUUUAAAUAAAUAACACCCUAUUAAUCAUAACUCCAAACUGGUGUUGCCUUGUUCGUGACUUACGCCUUCACAUAAACACCUUCCCAUUGCUUCCUGGGCAAUGCUCCCAUAACAGAAGCAACAGUAUUUGUCUCUAUUUUCUGACAGGUCAUAGAAAUCUCGUUUUUGUACUUUCUCCUGAAAUGCUUUUACCAUUGCUUACCAUAUGCACAUAUGGCCUGCCCUUUGCUCUGGCAUCCAGGAGUGGGACCCUAGCAUGCUUUAUAAUUUUGUUUAUACUUUCUCGUUGAAUUUUUUAAAAGUUCCCAUGUUUUAGUUUCAUUCCUUUAACCAAAAAAUUCAAACUCUUAAACUAUUACACUUACUAUUUUGCUAUUUGCUUUACCAUGAAUUUUCUAUUUUAAAAUUAUUAAGAAUUUGAGUAUAAAAAUCAGAUCUAAAUCAAUAAGGAUAAUAUAACCUGCUUAUGGGAGGCUACUAUGUCAAAACUUAAAUUCAAAUUAUGUGCAAAUUAGUUAAAAUUCUGGAGCUUGGGUAUGUCACGACAAAUGCCCAUGUGUCAAAAUAACUUCCCCACAAAGCAUCAUAUUUGAUGUCAUCGAGUAUAUUAAAGAAUUUGAGCUAUGAUAGAGCUGAGGGAUUUGUGCAGUUCACAGAGACUGACCUAGCAUGCCAGAGGUCCUGGA